AUGGGGGGAGGCGCUAUGGAGGUGGACCUGACCCACGGCGCGGUGGCGGCGAUGUCGCGGCUGGCGCGAGGCCUGCGCCCGGUGCUGCAGGUGGUGGGCGCCCCCGCCUCGGCGGGCGGCACGGAUCGGUACCGCUUCCUGCUCUCCGACGGCGUGCACUCCCAGGAGGGGAUCCUCGUCCCCUCCCUUGACAGCCUCGUCAGGACCGGCCGCCUCCGCGACGGCACCGUCAUACGCGUCCUCGACUACGUCUGCAACUCCGUCUGCGGCCGAAGGGUCAUCAUUGUUAUCCAACUUGAAGUGGUGCAAACUGAGUGCACACUGAUCGGGAGUCCUUCAAGUUAUCAGGUCAAUGCUGCUCAACCAAAUAUCAGAUCUGGUAGUCUAGGCAUCCAUGGGUCAAGGGCUGAGCAAGGUGUUACUGACAUGGCAUUUUCUCCUGCUCAAGGCCUCUUGCGCUCUUCUAUUGCCGCAAGGGCAGAAAAUGCUGUGAACAAUCUGCCGCUCAGUGGACUUAAUAGUUCAGUGAUAAAGCAAAACACAAUAAAAGCCAAGAUGCAGCAGCUUUCACUGAACUCUCAUCAAGGGAAAAUGCCUGCAGUUCGUCCCAGUGGUCAGGGCUUUGGCCCAUGCCCUGCAGAGCUUUCGUGUCAGCAGCCACCUCCAGUAUAUGUGAAUAGAGGAUCUGUCGCUAACAAUGGCACUCCUUAUGUCACCCCUAUUGCUGCCUUGAACCCAUACCAAGGUAGAUGGACAAUCAAGGGUAGGGUCACUGCAAAAACUGAUAACUUGCACGGGAGAGCCUUAUCCUUUGAUCUCCUUGAUGCACAGGGUGGAGAAAUUCGUGCAACAUGCUUUGGUUCGAUGGUUGCUCAAUUCUCUGACCAACUUGUUGUUGGAAAUGUGUACUUCAUAUCUGGAGGAUUGUUGAAACCAGCACACAAGUUGUUUAACCCUUUAAACAAUGCGUAUGAACUGAUUUUGGAUAGUUCAACAUCUAUAGAAAAUUGUUGCAGUGACGACAGCGGCAUCCCUUGGCAGCAAUACAAUUUCCAACCGAUCAGUGAAAUAGUAAAUAUGGACAAUGGAGCUAUGGUUGACUUGCUUGGGAUUGUUACAUCAGUUAGCCCUUCUGUUAUGAUAACGCGGAAGGAUGGCACAGAAACCCAGAAGAAAACCCUUCAACUGAAGGACAUGUCUGGUUGCAGUGUGGAAAUAACCUUAUGGGGAAAUGUCUGUAAUGCUGAAGGUCAGCUGCUGCACUCGAUGUGCAUUUCUGGUUCUAAUCCUAUACUUGCCUUGAAAGGUGGCCGCAUCUGUGAAUUCAACGGCAAAUCUGUGGCCACAAUCAGCUCAAGCUUGAUAAAAAUAAAUCCAGACUUGCCUGAUGCAGAAAAGCUGAUGCAGUGGUACAUAACUGAAGGGAAAUUAGCGGUUUGCACUUCUUUAUCUCAGGAAAUCUCAAGCAUGGGCAAGAUGUAUUCCCGAAAAACAGUUGCACAGAUCAAGGACGAGAACUUGGGGCGAUCAGAUCAGCCAGAUUGGGUCACUGUUGAAGCUACAAUUUCACACAUCAACACCGAUAAAUUUUCUUAUCCAGCUUGCACAAGGGAGGUUAAUGGUAAGCGCUGCAACAGAAAGGUAACAAAUAAUGGUGAUGGGAUGUGGCAUUGUCCCAAAUGCCAGCAGAGCUCUCAAAAUUGUGAGCAUCGCUACUUGUUUCAGUGUAAGAUCCAGGAUUACACCGGGACUACCAAUGCUACUGCAUUCCAAGAAGCUGGCCAGGAAAUAAUUGGCCUCUCAGCGGAAGAGCUUUUCAUGAUAAAAAAUGUGGAUCUAGAUGACGCACGAUUCGCAGGAAUAAUACAUGGGACCUGUUAUCAGCAAUUUCUGUUGAAGCUGAAAGUCAAGGAAGAAACCUUUGGUGACGAGGCGUGUAUGAAGGUCAGCAUCAUGAAGGCUGAAAGAUUGGGCCACACAUCAAAUACGAGUCGUGUCUUUGAUCUUGGAGCAUUUGAUGGCCUUUUGGCGGAUGGCCGAGGCUCAGCACCUGGUGCGAAUGGUGUUGCUACUGCUGUGAAUGCUGGUUUCACCAACUCAGAUGCCGGACGGCAAGCUAAGGUAUCUGGCGGGAUGCCUAAUGCAGCACCAUCAGCAGCACGAUAUGCCUGCAGUACUUGUGGCUCCACUGGGCACAAGGUGCAGAACUGCCCUGCAGCCAUGGAUAUCCAGCUACCAGCAACAGGUUGGGGCUUCACGCCGAGUUCAUAUGGCUCUUCUGCAUCCAAUGCUCGCCGGUGCUGCAAGUGCGAUCAGCCUGGGCACUGGGCUAGAGACUGCCCAUGGCAGGCCACCUCGUACGGCUCUUCUGCAUCCAAAGCUCACCUGUGCAGCAAAUGCAAUCAGCCUGGGCACUGGUCUAGAGACUGUGCGGUGCAGGCCGCCUUACACGGCUCUUCAGCUGGAAACGGCAACGGCAGCCUUGGUUUCUGCUUCAGAUGUAAUCAGUUUGGGCACUGUCCCAGUGACUGCCCAGCCCCCUACUCUUCUGCAGGUGGUAACGGCGGGCGCGGGUGGUCUGGGCUUCAAAAAUAA